UAGCCUUCUCUAUUAAUUGUCUUAGUUUGGUUCACAUCAAAUUUCUCUUAAUUUUGUCUGCAAAAAAAUUAUAUAAAGUAGGAUCGUAUCCACAUGCUCAUGGAAGAGAGCAACAACUCAGGCGUGGUAGAUUUCCCUGAAAACUUUAUGUACCAACUCUUGUGGGAAGAAGAGGAGGAGGCAUCAUCAUCAUCGUUAUCAUUAGGGUUGAAAGAGAGGGUGACUUGCGCCAUGGGGCACCUGCAAGAGGUGAUGGGAGGAGAGAAGGAGUUGCUGAUUCAGCUGUGGGUGCCGGUGGUGAAGAGAGGGAUGAGAAGAGUGCUGAGCACGGAGGACCAGCCUUACUCCCUAAACCCCUUCUCCCAGAGCCUGGCCCUCUACAGAGAUGUGUCAGCAGGCUACAGCUUUGCAGCAGAGGUUGGGUCGGACCAGCUGGUGGGUCUCCCUGGGCGUGUGUUCCUGAGGAGAAUCCCUGAGUGGACCCCAGACGUUCGCUUCUUCAGGAGUGAGGAGUACCCUCGCAUCGGUUACGCCCGCAGGUACCAUGUUAGAGCCUCCCUCGCUCUUCCACUCUUCCAAGGACCCUCUGAAAACUGCGUGGCCGUGAUGGAGAUGGUCACCACUGACCACAGCUUGGAAUAUGCCUCCCAACUUCACACCAUCUGCCAUGCCCUUCAGGCCUUUGAUCUCCGGAGUUCAGAAACCUCCAUCAUCGUUCCACCCUCUCUCAAGCCCCACACCGACGACCUUCACAGAGAAGUGGCCUCGAUUCUCCAUGGCAUCUGCAGCUCAUACGGACUCCCUCUAGCUAUUACGUGGUGCCACCAAGACUCGUGCCUUUCAGCUAUUGUCUCCGCCUGUUACGCUGCUGACCAGGACAGCCGCUGCUUCCUGGCUGCCUGCUCGGCUCACCAUCUACUCGCCGGCGAAGGGAUCGCUGGAACAGCUUUUGCUACCAAGAAACCGUGUUUCGCAACAGAUGUGGCCAUCCUCAGCAAGUGGAGCUACCCUCUCUCCCACUACGCCAGGAUGUUCGACUUCCACGCUGCUCUUGCCGUUCCUCUCCUGACGACCAGAGGCAACCGCUCCGUCCUAUUUGUUCUCGAGUUCUUCUUCCCCAGAGACUGUCGUCUUGAAACCCACACUCAGAGGCUGACCCUCGAUUCCCUUGCCUCCCAACUCAGCGUACGCUUCCAGGGCUCACCACAUCUGACGGUAGACGGCCAACUCCCAGAAGAAUUCAGGGACACACCCACGCCCCUGAGAUAUCACUCUAGAUCAGCAGAACAACUUUUCGCAGAGGAGCUGUCAUCGUGCAUGGACCCCGAGGCUAAAGAUCACAAGGGCAAACAAGUGUCGGUUUCUUGGGAGUAUCAGAGAGAAGAGUUGAAUCUUGGUGGGGGAGUGAGAGAACCUUCUUUUACUUCUCUUUCUUCUUCUUCUUCUUCUUUGGAGAACAGAAAGCGCAAAACAAAGGCUGAAAAGGAUAUCACUUUGGAGAUUCUCCGGCAACACUUUGCUGGCAGCCUCAAGGAUGCCGCUAAGAACAUUGGUGUAUGUCCUACAACCUUGAAGAGGAUCUGCAGACAACACGGAAUCUCAAGGUGGCCAUCGAGGAAGAUCAAGAAAGUAGGACAUUCUCUUCGGAAACUGCAGGUGGUGAUGGACUCUGUCGAGGGAGUUCAAGGCUCUCUCCAUCUUGCCUCCUUCUACUCAAGCUUCCCUCAACUUCAGUCAUCUACUUCUUCUUUUUCUUUGCUUAAUCCAACCCAAACUGUACAUGUUCCUCCAAAGUCACCGCCUUCUUCAUCCGGCAGCCAGAACUCGUCAGGUUCAAGCGCAUGUUACUCCUCCGAAGAGCAACAACUUGGUGGCCUCCACAAACCAGCUCUCAGCCAUCCACAGCUGCUUACUCUAAGUAGCCUGCAGGAGGAGCAGAGGCCAGUUCGUGUGACCUCAUCCCUGCCCCCAUUGCCAUCCGCAACAGCUCCAAGGAAAGCAAAAGAUGCGAUGAAAGUUAAGGCUGCGUUUGGUGAUUCCAAGAUGAGGAUGAGCCUGCAGCCCCACUGGCGGCUCACAGACCUCAGAAGAGAGAUCGCAAAGCGGUUUGGGAUUGAUGAUCAUUUGAGAAGUAACUUCAGUCUCAAGUAUCUGGACGAUGAUCAAGAAUGGGUUCUUUUGACGUGUGAUGCUGAUCUUGAGGAGUGCAUACAAGUCUGCAAGUCCUCUCUUAAAGAAACUAUCAGAAUAUUGGUUCAUCAUCCUCUCUCUUCAUUCGUUUAAAUCUCGACUAAACCCUCUUGGCUAAUUACAUCAUCAUCACGACAUCUAUUUACUUUGCCUUGGCUUGUAAAUCUCUUUUUAUAAUGCAUAUGCA